AUGCCUGGAUCAGCUACAGCUCUCCGACAAGAGAGACUGAAGAAGACCCAUGCAAGGACAGUCCCCCUUGGUCUGUUCACCAUUAAUGAGGAAGAUGAGCAGCAGAAGAAUGGACAUUCCAGAAGACCAAAAGUACCUGAUGGCAACAAAGUACAAGAUAAGAAAACCGCUGCCUCCCACCGGUCCUCCACUACUAUUUCAGGACAAAAUAGCAACCACUCAGGAAAUAAACCAGACCCUCCACCUGUGCUGCGUGUUGAUGACCGGCAGAGGCUCGCAAGGGAGCGGCGUGAGGAGCGGGAGAAGCAGCUAGCUGCAAGAGAAAUCGUCUGGUUAGAGAGAGAAGAGCGGGCCAGGCAGCACUACGAGAAGCACCUGGAGGAGCGGAAGAAGAAGCUAGAAGAGCAGAGGCUGAAGGAGGAACGGCGGAGGGCUGCCGUGGAGGAGAAGCGACGGCAGAGGCUCGAGGAGGACAAGGAACGUCAUGAAGCCGUUGUGCGGCGUACAAUGGAGAGGAGCCAGAAGCCAAAGCAGAAACAAAACCGGUGGUCAUGGGGAGGUGCUCUCCAUGGGAGCCCGAGCAUCCACAACACAGAUCCAGACAGGCGGUCAGUUUCCACCAUGAAUCUUUCGAAACAUGUUGAUCCCGUCAUUAGCAAGCGGCUCUCCUCUUCAUCUGCAACUUUACUAAAUUCUCCAGAUAGAGCUCGCCGCCUGCAGCUCAGCCCGUGGGAGAGCAGCGUGGUUAACAGACUGCUGACGCCCACACAUGCGUUCCUGGCCAGAAGUAAAAGCACAGCGGCCUUGUCUGGAAAUUCAGCAUCUUGCAGCCCCAUCAACAUCACGCCCUACAGAGCUGCACACUCUAGAAAUCCACUGGAGCGACCAAAAUUCUUUGUAACACCACCCGAGGGCUCCGCGCGGAGGAGGACUGUUCACGGCACAGCGGGCUAUAAAAGAGAGAAGGAGAGAGAAAAUGUGCCCUUCCACCUCACAUCCGGCAGCCAAAGGUCUCUGUCUCCAUCUCAUCCCAAAGCCAGAUCACCAGCUUCCUCCCGACUUUGGCUCCCAUCCAAGUCCUUUCCCCAUCUGCCUGGCACCCCCAGACCAGCACCCUCCACACCUCCUGGACCAGUCAAAGCUGCCCCUGCUCAGCUCCGGCCCCCCUCCCCCGGCAACAUCCGCCCUGUCAAGAGAGAAGUCAGAGUGGAAUCUGAGAGAAAAGACCCUGAGAAGGAACCUCAGAAAGUUUCCAGUGAGCCCUCACUAAAGGGCAGAACACCUUUGGUGAAAGUAGAAGAGUCCACAGUUGAAGAGGGGACGCCAGACGAAACAGAGCCUGCCCCCGCUGCUCCAGCGGCAGCCUCGGCCCCAGCUCCGGCCCCAGCUCCGGCCCCAGCCUCCACCCCAGCCCCGACACCAGCCCCGUCAUCCACCCUGACUGCCAGUGCUUCUCCAAAGACCUCUGCGGGCACCACCGACCCAGAAGAGGCCACAAGGCUGCUUGCUGAGAAGAGGCGGCUGGCCCGAGAGCAGAGAGAGAAGGAGGAGAGAGAGAAGCGGGAGAAGGAAGAACUCGAAAGACAAAAGCGAGAAGAAUUGGCCCAGAAGGUAGCUGAAGAGAGAAGCCGCCGAGAGGAGGAGGCCCGCCAGCUGGAAGCUGAGCUAGCCCGGGAGCGGGAAGAGCAGCUGCGGCGGCAGGAGGAGGAGCGGGCCCAGCGCGAGCGCGAGGAGAUGGAGCGCAUCCGGAAACAGAAGGAAGAAGAAGCUCGUGUUCGGGAAGAAGCAGAGAGGGUCCGGCAGGAGCGGGAAAAGCAUUUCCAGAGAGAAGAGCAAGAGCGCCUGGAGAGGAAGAAGCGACUUGAGGAGAUUAUGAAAAGGACCAGAAGAACAGAAGCUUCAGAUAAGAAAACUGUUGAUCAGAGAAAUGGAGAUAUAACCAAGGGAACUCCCACUGGAGGAACAGCAGUAUCUACACUUCCAAAUAUGACAAACUCUCCAGGAUUGGAGGAACCAGAGGCCAGCACCCAUGUGGUUACCUCUCACCAAUCAAAAGUGACGGUGGACAGUACUCCCAGUUUGGAAAAACAACCAAGUGAAAAUGGAAUAUCAGUUCAGAAUGAAAAUUUUGAAGAAAUUAUAAACUUACCCAUUGGAUCUAAACCAUCCAGACUAGAUGUCACCAACAGUGAGAAUCCAGAUAUUCCUUUGAAUCCAAUUUUGGCCUUUGACGAUGAAGGGACACUUGGACCCCUGCCUCAGGUAGACGGUGUUCAGACACAACAGACGGCAGGUAAGCUUGCCUCAAACUCCCUUCAGUAA